GGACGGGACGGGACUGUCCGGCCCCGGGGUGGCCCAGGAGAGCCGCUGUCCCCGGCUCCGCCCCCGGGCGCGGGGCGUCCUGACCCGCGGCAGCCGCCGCGCGGCUCCCGGCUUGUCCGUGGCGCUGGUGUCCGAGCGGGGCAGCUCCCGCCCGCCCCGGCCCCGGCCCCGGCCCCGGGCUGCGGCCACCGGGGUUUGCCUGGGGCGGGCGGUGUUCGCGGGUGCUGGGCGACUGCAGGUCGGGGGAAGCAGGGGCCGCCGCCGCCCGGGGGAGCGCAGUGGUGUUAGGGGAGCGCGGGGCGGACCCGCACACGCGGCCGGGCGGGGCAGGGCGGUGGCCCUUGGCCAGGCGCCGCGCACUGCCCAGGGCCACCGCGCUCAGGCCAGGCCUUGGCAGCGGCAGGGAGCGAUGCUGGCGGCAGGCGGAGGGGGGCUGAGCCGUGGCUGCGCAGGCAGGAGGAGCAGUGCUCGGCCCAGCGCCCUGCCUCCAGGCUGCUCGGGAGGAGCCGCGCGGGGCAUGUGCCGGCCGGGUGGCCGCGAUCCAGGACUUUUUUCUUCUAUUCUCGCCACCCGGCGGGGAUGCUGCGACAGUCUACGCGAUCCGGGACUGUCUUGGCCAAACCGGGACAUAUGGUCAGCCUACUCGUAGUGGACCUGCUGUGCAGUUAGGAGGAAGUCAGACAAGCUUUUGAUUGGCAGACAUUCUUCCCCGGGUCUUACAUUCAAAAGCUUGUCUUUCUUUAUCCAAGUUACAUCGUUAGUCCAAGCAAAGAGCUUGCCCUCAGAAACCCUCGCCUCGCAUCGUUUCUGGACCACCGUGGCUACAGCAUCAGUCUCACCCUCUUGCAAUACAGGAAAGCCUGAUGAUGAGGAAAAGGGGCAAACUUGAGAGGGGUGGCAUUAAAAGGCAGGCUUCCCUGAGUCCUAAUAGUGCAGCGAGUUGGAGGAUUUGGAUGGAAACAUAUUGGAAAGUGAACACUGGGGCUUUCUUGUAUAACCUUUUUCUUUUUUGGAAAAUGACACCACUUCCAGGUCUGAAUUAAAAUGAGCUACACGGUGUUUUAAGAGCCUCUUCACUAUUCAUUUUAGUUUUUUGCCCAUUUUUGGCUCAAUUUAAUUGGCCCGCAAUGUACUUCGCUCAUACAGAUAUGGGAUAAGUGUAUAAUACACUUAAAUGCAGAAGACAGCUCCAGUUCAGAUUUAUUGCCCAGUGUUUCCAUUACAAUAGAUGUUAUCUCUCUGCAUGUCAGUUAAAUGCAUAAAUCAAUUAAGUGCAUAGCAUCUUUCAACCUUGCUGUCUAUUUUGUAACAUAACUGUAUUCUGGUUAACUGCAUGGAAACGGGGAAAGUGAAGCAGCUGUUUGAAGCCUUAAAAAUGAUGAGAGCUACUCAAUUUCAUGGCUAUUAUCUCCCCAUAUUUUCAAGGUUUCUAAUAGUAGGCCCCAAACUAAUUAUUAGCAGCCUUGAAAUGAGAAGUCAGUUUGGGGGCUACCAAUAGCACGGCACUAUAAAUAACGCUCAUUAAGCAUGCACUGCAGCAGCCUCAAAACUGACUACCUUCUUGCCUUUUCAAAAGGCCUACUAGUCAAUUCCAGGGCUCUUAGAAGCCUUAAAGAUGAAGGGAAGGGGCCAUUUUGCAGCUACUAAUAGCAAACAAAGAAAGUGCGGAGUACUUAUAGUUUUGGCUUUUUUUUUUUUUUUACAUAGUUUGGAUAAAUACUCCAGGUACGUACAUAGCCUUUUUCAGCUCUGAGGCUGUGUAUUUAAAUGCAGCAUGACCAGGCAUAUAAAACUUAAAAUUUUUGAUUAAGUCUAACUAGCUCUUAAGUGACCCAAAUUACAUAAUGUUUAAUUUAGACAUGGUCUUGAUUUCUUUUCUUUGAUUUAUUUAAACUUGCAAUUCUAGUAUUGUGUUAAUAAAGGCAUGAAUAUACAAUUUUCUUGACAAAAAAGGAAGAUGGAGGAGAAGAGAGGAAAGGAGAAAUGUAGAUGUUACACUCUAUAGCAGUUGUGUGCACAGGUUUUAAGUUGGAUCAUUCGGGCAAAGUAUCUGGCUUUCAGUAUUUUUUUUAUAAGGAUAUUACCCAUCCUUGUUAAAUACUAGUCUCAUUUGAAGUUCAGAGAGUUCUGUUCUUUAAAUCAUUUUUAUGUAAAAACAAAGUAAUAUGCUGCUUCUAAAAGCAGAAGUGUAUUUUUUUUUUCCUAUUGAGGUAGCUGAAAUUUAUUAAAAAGGAAAGUUUCAGCUUAGAAGAAGUACUAGAAAAAAGGACAUUACGCAGACUUACUGCAAACUUAAUGAUUGAAUUUGUAUACAUAUGAUAAUGUGCAUUUGUAAUACUUUGCACAGUAUUAUACUUCAGUUAUUAUAAAAAGGUUAUCCUUAAGUGCCACAAACAGGCUGGAAAGAUGAUAAUACUGUAUGCCACAGUUCAGAUAUUUUAAACUCAUUUUGAUGCUUACCAGAGUAAUGGUUUUGAGGCAGCUAUUUCAAGAAUUACAAAACAAAUAUAUGAGCGCCAAAGAUUUUUGUGGCUGGUAUCUUUUAUUGGACCAACUGCAUGGUUUGGAUAGACCUGGACAAACUUUUUGAAUGUGGUGUAUUUUUCUUCCUGUCGCUUCAGGACCAUCAAAGCUACAUCACUUGAACACUACCAAAACAAGUAUACUUUUUUCCAAGUAACCCUGAAAACUGUCAGUGUCCUGAGCAACCGGCAUUUAGUCAAAUAAGGUAGACUUCUAUUUUCAAGUGUAGCUUUAGAAAUACGACUUUGUGACUCGUAUGUUUUUAACACACAGGCAUGAUGUUUAUGCUACAUUAAACUCACUGAACAUUCUUAAUGCGUGACCUGGGCUGUUUCAAGGAUUUUUAUGUGCCGUUAAAGAGGGGUUGCUGAGAAAGUUGUCAUUAAGUUCAUGUCCAAUUGAAAUGAAGGACAACUGUUGGCAUACCAAAGCAGAUGAACUGUGCGUAAAAAGACUCCGCUGUAAUGUCAGGAAUGUUGCUGUAACUGUCAAAGGACAUGAUGCAGAAUCCUUUAACGGUUUCUGGAGAUAAAUCCUCUUCGGGGACAAUACAAAGUGGAAAAGGUUUUCAGAAUAAAAGCCACUUUAGGACCAUCGCACCAAAAAUGGUACUAAAAGUUACAACAUCAGGAAUGGUUUCUUGUCUUCAGCCUUCUCUGCCUGAGCAAAGUACUCCUGUUAGAGCUGCAAGCUCUAAACCACUUAUAGUGCCAACACAAAAUUAUGCUCUGAUGCAAGUUACUGGUCAUGAAGGAACUUUUUCUCUUGUGGCCUUGCCACAGGUUACUCCUGCACUAACCCAACAAAUCCAUCAGUCAAACAUGUCCCCUUCUGAAAACCUCAAACUUCCUAUUCCUAGGUAUCAAUCUGUAAGAAGCAAAUUGCUAAUUGACAAAAAACCAACUCAAACCACUGCUUCAGGUACACAUAACAAGAUUCUUGUCAAGACACGGACUUCAUCACAGAUGCCACCAGUGACUACCUCUACUGAAGACCAUUCUGAAACUCAUUCUAUGACUCGUGCAUCUGAACAAAUGAUAUUACUGGAUCAGGGGUCAACUGAAGUUACAGUUGCUACUUUGCUAAGCGAAAGCAACAAUGUCGAAUCUGAACCUCCUUUAUUGAGCAAAACGGACACUGCUAAAGCUAAUGUGUCAGAACCAUCUGCAGCUAAGGAACCUUUAUCCAAGCCAGUGGGUGUAAGAGAUCCACUGAAACUAAAUUUACAUUCUAUGGAAACAGCAAAUGAAACCACAGAAGGCUCAAUUGUUGUAUGUGAGAAAGUUAAAGAAAAAACAGUGAAUUCUGCAAACUCUGUCACUGUCCUGUCACCAGCUGUUUUGGGCAACCCUGUGCAAUUGACUCCCUCUACACCAAAAGGAAAACUGCCUAUUUUGCCUUAUUCAAGAAUGAAAAAAACAAUGUUUUAUAAAUCUAAACCAAAUUCUAACAUUGCAAAUGCUGCUGCUCCUGUGCAACCGUCUGAUUGUGAAAAAAUGCCAUCUUUGGUGAAAACCUUAACUGUUUCUAGCAAAGUUUCUGGUAAACUGUUACCUAUAUCUUUUGCACAAGUCUCCAAACAACCCACGUGUGAAAAUGCCCUCUGUCCAGCAAGUAAAGUAGACGUUGAUAAUCCAAAGAAAUUGAAUGCUGCAGCCUUGAAGAGAAGAGGCAGAAAACAAAGAAUCCCAGAUGAUAUAUUGGCCUUUCAGACCAAAAGAAAGAAGCGCAUUGUUAAUAAGUUUAGAGAAGGUAAAGAGAAAAUAAAAGUUGAUCCUCAGGAACCAAAACACAGAAAGGGAGAUGAAGUAAAAAAAUACCGUAGUAUUAGGCCAAAACCUGUUGUUGUUAUGCAGGCUUUAGCUCCACAAACAUCUGCAGCCAUAAUAGGGUCCAAAUCUGACCAGGUAAAACAAGACACUUAUUUGAAUAAUUCACUUCCCAAUAAAUAUUUAAGUUAUAAACAGAGUGAAGAUGUUUCUGCUAAACCAAGUGAUUUGUGUAGGAAUAUAUUUUCUACUGUACCUAAGAUGUGGCAUAAGUGCCAUGUCUGCAACCACAGCUUCCAGUUUAAACACCAUCUUCAGGACCAUAUGAACACACACACAAACAGGCGACCAUACAGUUGUCGAAUUUGCCGUAAAGCAUAUAUUCAUUCAGGAAGUCUAAGCACACACAUGAAGCUUCAUCACAGUGAAGGUCGACUCAAGAAACUGGUGUGCUGUGAAUUCUGUUCUAAAGUAUUUGGACACGCAAAAGUAUAUUUUGGCCAUUUGAGGGAAGUGCACCGGGUUGUUAUCAGCACCGAGCUCUCCACUAGUGAACAACAGUUGCAAGAUGCUUUAAAGAUCAGAGACAUAAAUAUAAAAGGGGCAGAUGAAUCAAUAGAGAGGGAAAAUAAAUGCAAUUUUGAAGAUCUGUUUCAUAGUCAAGGAGAAGUUAAAGUACAGAUCAAAUGUGGCCAAUGCCAGUUUACUGCACUGUCCUUUGCUGAAAUGAAGUUUCAUUUGCUGCGUGCUCAUGGAGAGGAGAUCCAAGGAAGAAUAAAGGAUGGAAUUCUACAAGGAGGCAUGGGACCACAGGAGGAACUGAUCAAACAUGCAGCUCAUUUCUGGAAGCAGCACAAUGAGCGGCGAAAACUGGUGAAACGUGCCCCUUAUGAGGAGUUCUAUACUUUUCCAAAAUUGAGAAGGCAAAUCUGUCUUCAUCAUGAAAAUAAUGGUGAUGUACUAACUAAAAAUGAGGUAAUUCAGUCAGGGAACAGUGAACCAGCAAAGGAGUUGCAAAAUAUUGGCUCUGCACCACAAACUAAAAAAAUUCAAAUUUGGUCUAAAGCAGGAUAUAACUGCAUUUUAUGCAAGCAGGUAUUUGGAAGAAAAGAGGAUCUUUGUGGUCAUUGGCAGAGUUGCCAUAAUUGUGAAGACCCUUCUGUUCUUUGGACUAUUUUUAAUUCAUUCUUCAAACAGGGGGUUAGUGAACUUUCUAAUACCGAAAAAUGAAGCAUUGACAACAUUCAGGUAGAAAAGUAUUCACCUCCAAGUUUACUGAAUGAUUUGUGUCUCAUUCACAGUAUCUCAAAAACUGGCUCAAAAAAGUGUCACUUUUUUCAGUCAACAGUAAUGCUGUUUGUACAUAUGGUUUAGAUCUGUUUUGCUAAAUAGAAAACUGUGUAUUUAUAUUGUUGAUCUUUCCAGAUACGCACACACAAACCUGUUUUAUACCAGUGCACUAAGGGCGUUUAUAGACAUGCUCCGGGAGGUGGGGCUGGUGUGGGGGGUGCUUUAAUUAGCAAGCCGCAAUAAUUAAAAGUGCCUGAGUGUCACGUGUAUCAGUGUCCCCACACACAAAAAAAAAAUGGCAGCGGGACACUUUGAACUAAAGCAUGUUCGACAAGCUUUAGUUCAAAGCACCCCACUGCCAUUUUUCAGUUCAGGUACACUGUACGUUAAAUUCAGCGUGUUAAUUUCCAUGCUCAGGCAGACUCAAUUAAUCGAGUCUGCUCCCACGUGCUGGAUUUACAGCACGUGGGAGCAGCCUCUCUGCAUGUCUGUAAGUGCCUGAGAUGUUCGUGCAUUCAGAACUUCAAGCAUAAACAAGGAGGCAAAAUGCUAGAAGUUGAAAUUGUGAAGAAAAAAGAGCUACACCAAACUUAUAUUAGACUAUACACAGAUAUGAAUCAGUGGGCUGAAGCACUGGCAUGCAAAUGCUGUUCUUGGGUGGAAUGACAAAAUCAGAUCAAAAAUGUAAUUUCAGUCCCAAUAUAGUGCUUCCAGAGUUAUGGUGUGUGUAUGCAGGUAUACAUACUCUUCUCUGCAUAUGUGCAUGCUAGGACAGCUCAUUUAUUAGGGGCUUUACAUCCCAUAAUGUAAAUGUCAUAUACAAAGGGCUUUUAAGUCUUGUUUUCUUCGUUUUAACUUCAUGAAAGUUCAUUGCCUACCUGCAUGUCUCGCAAGUGUUAUAUUUUAUCUUGAUAAAUAGCAGGUCUGUUUUUUUUUACCCUGAUAAAGUGUCAUGUAUUUUUUUGCAGCUAGCUUGUUUAGGGAUGAAGGAAAAUAUACUUGUCACCUGUGAAGCAGAGAAGUUCAAUGGAACCCUCAGAGCUUGACGACUCCAACAUAAAAAAAAAAUAUGUUAAAAAUAGCAACCUGGUUUGGUUACAUUUAGGCAGAUGGACUCCUGAGACUGCAUAAUAUUAACAAGGAACUUGAAGCAGGUCCUUGGACCUUCCAUGAAAGGAACCACCACUAGUGCUAGCACAGCUCUCUGUCUCUCCCUUGUGUACAUGCGUGCUUGACAAAUUCAAGGGAAAUCUUCCCCAGGCUUUUAAAUGGAUGCUACUGUAUAAUUCAGGCUUUCCUACCUCCACCAGUGUAUGUGGGUGCCAUGAUCCAGUAAACCACAUAAAUAAUGGUUAUAGCACCAGGGUUAGCAGCCCUCACAUGCACAUCCCUUUUUACAGUGAAGCAGAAGUAUUAUGAAAACUACAGGGACUCAGUUUUAUAAUGCUGCAUAAGGCAGUACUGUAGAUAGAUGGUACACUAAGUUGCACUACCAUAGAGCAGGCUGGAUGAAUCGCUUUUUCAGCGAAUCUCCAGUCGGAAGUUUGAUCCAACUAUUCAAACACAGGAAUUUUAAGGAUAUAUGGUUGCUUUAUUACACUUAUAAUGGUGGGGUGUGGUUCUACACAGGGAAAAUAGAAAGCAACAAGCAAGGACUAUUUAGAAAUCCAGGUUUUCAUGGAUUUCUGCAGAAUUCUUCAGAACGUAGCAUUCUUAAAGAAAAAUAUGACCUCUGAUUGCAAAGGUCAACCUUCACAUUGCUGUUUCUUUGAUUUCUUCUGCACUCACAAUCAAGCUUGUAUAAAACCAAUUUAAACUGCUGCAAGCAAAUGGAAUGCUGGAGCUCUGUUGCAACCAAAUGUUUGGCCAGCCAGUGUGGCCACAGUCUAAAAUGUAUUCUUGACUGAAACGCUGUCUACCCUGACGCUUCUUCGGAGCACUAAUAAAAGUGAUUUAGAUAAGUGUUGUCUAAUAGUGCCCAGAACAGGUGGGCAGGGCACAUUUAGAAGACAGAAUGAUAAAAAUGCUGAUGCCCUUUUUUACAUCAGUGCUCCUUUUGUUUCUGCUUCUGGCCAAAGUGCAUCUGUUCAGUGAUGGAAGAGUCAUCCCUAAAAAUCUACACUAGAUGUGACCUAUUUUGCUAACUCUACAAAGUUUGAGAUUUUACUAUGGUUGUGACUGCCUAAACAGAUGUGGACUAAAAAUGUCAGGUGCUACUAAUAGGACCCUAGAAGCUAUUGCAUGAUUUCUCUAUGUUAUUUGUAACAUCAUAACAUUAAUUUGAUAACUUUUAAGUAGGCAAGGUUCUUUGGGUUUCUUUUAUUAGACCAAUUAAAAAGUUGAAAAAAUUGUUCUUUGUAAGCUUUUGGGCACAAACACCCUUCUUUAAGCAUCAGGAGAGUUUCAGUGCCUAAAGGAGGGUUUUGUGUCCAAAAGCUUGCAAAGAACAAUUUUUCCAACUUUUUAGUUGGUCUAAUAAAAGAUAAAAGAUCAACCCAAAGAACCGUGUCUGCCUGUGUCCUUAGACUAACACGGCUUCAGCCAACAACUCUAAUAACUUUUAAAUGACAUUCCUUAUUUUAAAUGGAGUCUGGUGUUUAAGUAUGAAACUGGGAGCAACUAAAAUAGAAAACAAACAGAAAAACUCUCACAAAUACUACACAGGUGUUUGGGGUGAGAGAAAAUCCCUGUGACUUUUGAUGGCUUUCCUCCUUAUUUCUGUUGAUGUAAAUACAAAAUCUUAGUUGUUUCAUUAACGCUUAGCAAAAGGAAGACUACGUUUAUAUGCUAAACUACCUCUGAAAUAUAUAUUUUGCUCUGGCCUAUGCUUGUACAUCUUUAGUGGCCAGAGAUAGAAAAACAACGUUCAUAUCCUCAGACACUGACACAAAAUGUGCUGCCAUUGACUCUCACUGGGUAGGUGAAGGAAAAUGUACUGAAUAUUAGACAGGAAUAGCUUAUUUUAAAGUUGAGUGUUUCCUAUCAAACAGGGAGCAUAUUUAAUUUAGUACAGUGUGCUCACAUUAAGAAGCAAUCUUUCCUGAAUUAGCUUUUCUUAACACUUGAAAUCAAACAGCUCAGUGUGAUGUCUUUGAAACUAAAUGCUUGAAUGUGAGCACAAUCCUUCCUCCAGUUAUGUCGUUAAAAUGCAUCAAAGAAAAUUGCACUCUUAGCAUAAAACAUACUCUUUGUUUUAAUAAAUAAUAAUUUAAGAUGCUUCUAGCAUUUCAUUUUAAGUAGGACUUUCUUUUUAGUGUUUUUCCUCAUUGCUCUUAAGACCAAGCAAGAUGCUUGCAAAUAAAAAAACAAAUAUCUGCUUUUCUGUUCUGAUCAUGUUUCUCAUUUAUAGCAGAUAUUGAUUCACCUCCCCUAAUCACCCACUGGCCUAACACAAUCCCCUAUUCUUCAGUGUAUGUUUAAAGGAGCUGAAAUUAAGACAGCUCUGAUGUUUACUUCCUUGUGUUCAGGAUCAGCAUCAGUGAUGUCAGAUCAGUUCUUGGAAAAACCCCUUGGAAAAGUAUUUAUUAAAGUGGUGCUGCAACAAACCCAGCAAGAGGAAUAGCAAGCAUAUGCAUUCAACAGUUAGUUUUGUUUUCCAACAAGAACAGUCACAAUUUUUCAUUUUCUUCUUUAAAAAAAAAAGAAAAUUCAAAUUUGAAGUUUGUUCUUCAUUAGGAAUGAGAUCCUUAUUCCCUCUGCAGCCCCUUUACCCAUGGUAGGGCAAGAUAAAGGGUCACAGAACAUUUAAAGCUGUUUAAAGGCAGGUAUCAGCGUGGUUCUGAGCUGCUGUUUGGUGUCCUUGUCAUAUGCUUAAAAUCAGAUGCUUUUUAAAGGUGGAACCAUUUUAUUCAUUUCAGGUUUUUAUGAUGAGGUGAAGUGGGCAAGAAAAUGCAAAGACAAACUCUUAGUUUUAAAUGUGCUUUUAUUUUGAAUUUGUGUUCAUUUUGAUAACAUAGAAAAGAAGCAUUAAGUAGAGUGUGUUUGCUGUUAAACAAAGUGGUUGUCAUGAAUACAGUUUGCUGUUUACUUCAAAGUUGGACAAGCUUAACAUCUGUUUUGCACAUAAAUUAUUUUUUAAAAUCA